GGGCUUUUGAUGUGCGUUCACUCUCACAAACGCCACUUUUUCAAAUUAAAAUGUGCAAAAGAAACUGAUGCUUAAAAUAUUCUCAUCCAAAGCCCAAGUCUUUUCUCAUCUCUGAACAUCUCAGGAUCAUCUCGGUGUGUGUAAGGAUGUGCACAACUUUAUAGUCUUGUGUAUGGUCUCUGUGAGACUAUCAGAGGGCUCGAGAGGGAGUGAGAGAGUUUUUUUUAUAAUCAGCCUCACAUUGAGGAGUGUUUCUUUGAGAGUAUAUGCAUGUGUGUCAACAUGGGGGAUGUCAUUGACUUGGACAGACAGAUCGAGCAACUCAGACGCUGUGAUCUUAUCAAGGAAAAUGAAGUCAAGGCGCUAUGUGCCAAAGCAAGGGAGAUCCUGGUAGAAGAGAGUAAUGUCCAGAGGGUCGAUUCCCCAGUUACGGUCUGUGGUGAUAUACAUGGGCAGUUUUAUGAUCUAAAGGAGCUAUUCAGGGUGGGGGGUGAAGUUCCAGAGACAAACUACCUCUUCAUGGGAGACUUUGUGGACCGAGGGUUUUACAGUGUGGAGACGUUUCUAUUGCUGCUAGCAUUGAAGGUUCGAUACCCUGACCGGAUUACACUGAUCAGAGGGAAUCAUGAGUCACGGCAGAUCACUCAAGUUUAUGGUUUUUAUGACGAAUGUCUUAGAAAAUAUGGCUCUGUGACAGUCUGGAGAUACUGCACAGAAAUUUUUGACUACCUGUCCCUCUCGGCCAUUGUUGAUGGCAAGAUAUUCUGUGUGCAUGGUGGCCUUUCUCCAUCCAUUCAAACUUUAGACCAGAUCAGAACCAUUGAUAGAAAACAGGAAGUUCCUCACGAUGGACCUAUGUGUGACCUUUUAUGGUCUGACCCAGAGGACACCACAGGGUGGGGUGUGAGUCCAAGGGGAGCUGGAUAUCUGUUUGGUAGUGAUGUGGUAGCUCAGUUUAAUGCUGCCAAUGAUAUCAGCAUGAUCUGUAGAGCUCAUCAAUUAGUUAUGGAGGGCUAUAAGUGGCAUUUCAAUGAGACAGUGUUGACGGUGUGGUCUGCUCCCAACUACUGUUAUAGGUGUGGUAAUGUGGCAGCCAUUUUGGAACUUGAUGAGCAUCUCCAGAAGGAGUUUAUAAUAUUUGAAGCUGCUCCUCAGGAAACCAGAGGCCUCCUUUCUAAGAAACCUGUGGCUGACUACUUCCUUUGACCUUUCAGUCUGGGAGAAGCAUCGGAAAUGCCUGUAUAGACUUUUUUAAAUAAAUACUUUUUUCCCCUGGCCAACUUUUAUUCUGCACAAAAUUCAGUACUUCUGUGAAUGGAGCAGUUGCAGCAUUUACUGUCCGUUCCUCAUUAGCUUUCCACAUUCCUUCCUCUUCCCCCCAGAAUAUUGUAAAAUGAUGUGCAAGUAUUUAAACCUGUUUUGAAUAUUCCUUAUUGUGUGGUAGUUUUGUAUUUUCAAACUCAGUGAUAUUUUUACCAACAAAAACAAUAAAAUGA